CGCCCCGAGCAUGCUGCGGCUGACCUGCGUGGUGCUGCUGCUCGGCCGCGCCGCACCGGCGGCAGAGGAGUAUGGUCUGGAAAUAACCAACAAUGGUCCCAUCACAACGGGAGCUCAAGCUACGGUUCACGCCAGUCUAAGUAUGAAGAAUGACAGUGUCGCAUCAAACUUGUAUCACUUUAACUGGAUUUAUGCUCCUCUGAUUCUGAUAGAGAAAUCCGAGCAGCGGUUUAACUCCAUAAUUAAUGUGACUGGUGAAUUUCCUGGGACUUUUCCUGUAUCUGUCUGGGUGACUCAUAGAAACUGUUGGUUAUGUCGGCCGGUUGCUAGAAAUGUCACCGUGCUUCAGAUUACAGAAUUUAUCACAGGGAAUCUUACCAUUGCCCAGAUAGAAGACAGUAGAUUUAUCACACGUGGUUCUAGUUCCUCCACGGGCGCCGUGACCCGGAUUUCUUUCUGUCUUCAUGACCCAAGUCAUUACUUCAAGUCAGCAUCAUUUGUCUACAACUGGGAUUUCGGAGAUGGAGUUUAUCAGAUUACCAAGGAACCCUUCGUUUACUAUAACUGCUCUACCAUGGGGAAUCGCACAGUGCAUCUGAAAGUCAUAGCUGAAUGGGAGCAAAUUGGAAGCAUCGUACAUGAAAGAGAAAUGGUGCAGAAAACUGGUGAUUUUACCACUGCUCUGGAGCUGCUAGAUGCUGUUAAAAGUAUUAAUGUAGUGGGCUCCAGAGAGACUCACGUAAUGGAAAACUUGAGUUUAUCUCUUCAUAUCAAUGGCACCCCGCCACUAGCAUUAUGCUGGCUUAUAAAGGCUGAGUGCAUUCCACUUGAAGAUGAAAAAUGCCAUCUGGUGGUGAUUAAUGGCUCCUGCUACAAUCUCAGCCAUACCUUCAGUGAUGCUGGACAGUAUUGCCUCAGCAUCAGAGUGGAGAACGGUGUGACGAUGCUGCAGACAUACCAUGAAAUAAAAGUGUGGCCAACAGGGAUCCACCCGGCUUUCUUUGUCUUGCUCUGCAUUGCUCUGGUUUCGGUGAUGCUAGGACUGGUGCUGUACACGACCUUUCGAAGCAACACACAACAAAAAGAUCUCGUGGAGGUAGCUGACUUUGACUUUUCUCCACUGUCGGAUAAAAGCCUGUCUUCUCAUUCGGACUCAGGCUGUGGCCAAAUAUGUUGCAGAUCAUGUUUUCUUCAGUCAUCUCAAGAAGCUGCCAGGGAAAGUCAUGAACUUCUGCAUUCUUUUUACAAGCCAGUCAAAAUGUACACAGUAUGAAGAACACAAUUGCACUUUGGUUACACUAACUGCCAAGUUUAACUUUCUCACUUAUGAUGAGUUAAAAGCCCAGUGCUGCAUGAAUGGUUUGGUUUUGCCAAUGCAAUGAAGUUAACUGCUUUAAGUCCAGCACUUGAGCGUUUCAUUCUCUGAACUAAAAAAGAGCAAGCCCUGAAACACAGUAAAAGUAGCUUUGUAUUUUUAAAUUACACGGGUGUAUACAUUUACAGCUGUAAAUGCAGCAUUUUAUUCUUAUGAAAGAUUGUUUUAUGUGCAGGUUUGCUAAACUCACUACCUCUUGUAAUUUUUCUGUUCCUUCUGCUGUCUGUUUCAAAGAAGAAAAUGCUUAAGACAAACAUA